AUGACGGAGAUCUACUCUGGGCUUCAUGUGAGCCAGCGGUUUUCGUCUCUGGAAGAGUUCAAAUCAGUAGUCCGCAGCAUAUCUGUUCGGCAGCACUGGGAGCUCCGUGUGGCUCGAAGCAACAAAAAGAGCGUAGUGAUUGGGUGUCGUUCAUCGGCAAAUUGCUUCUUCCGCGUCGUGUGUCGCUCGAACAAGAAUGCGACCUACAUCACCAGUCUCCAGGACAGCCACAGUUGUCGCCGAAGUGCAGGUUCCCCAUCAGCUACACCGGCUCGCUCUGAAGCUUCUCAUGUAAGAUUUCUGCUGGGUGAGAUUCCCAAGCUCUUCGACAUGAAGUCGAGGAUAAAGGCUCAGGAUGUCGUGGAUGCCGUGAAACGCUACCACGGCUAUGAUAUUUCUAUGCGUCAGGCGCAGCGAGCACUCACCAAGGUCCAACCCCGACAUUCUGAAGGCCAGAUUGAUCAAGGACUUGACCUGGACCUGAGCCCAGGGGAACGGCAAUCGCCGGAGCAAUCACCCGAGUCGCAAGGAGACGCGACGCACGACUUCGAUGAUAUGGCAGAGAAUCGAUGGCUCCCGGACCAUCUCCCGUCGUCUUUGAUUGAUGACGAUAAUAUGCCACCAAGUGAACCAUCCACCAACCGAAUUCCUAUACCGUCUAGUUCUCAAACUCUGCCCGCACAGGUGCAACAGCCAUCGCUUCCCACAAACCCACCACUCGCUCACCAGCAUCCAAUGGCUAUGCCACAGCCAGGAUCUGAGUACCAAAACACUAUCCCUAUUCCGGUGGUAGCUGAGCCUCCCAAGGCACAGAGCUAUCCCCGUGGCGAUCACACCGCUGCUCCUCAAAUGGUUCUGACCAAUUUUAAGAUCGAGUUCACCUGCACGACUUGCGGGUCAUUGAACCAGAGCUUUUUUCCGAACCAAGGCAAUGUCACCGGUGCUAGCUAUUUAACACACGCUAUGCCGAACCCUAGUAGUGUUGCGAGACACACUGGGCCUCAAAACGGCGUGGGCAGCAGCAACGUAGUCGGCGAAAAUCCCACCUACGAUAACAAUGCAUCGAACGCACCUUCCAUACAAAGUACUUGGGCUGGUGGUGGUCUUGGAGUCCCAAUUGGUCCAACACACACAUAG